GACCGAAACAUUUCCAUUUUUUUUCAUUUGGCACGUCGUUGAACUAGUUCGUCUCCGUUGCCGAUUGGCCCAGUACAGUCUUGCCAAGUUAGUUUCAAGCACAGGCUGCUGCGUGGUGGUGCACUGGAUGAGGGCUGAAGCGAAACAGGUUCCUGCAGUUUGUGGAACUGAGUGAAGAUACUGAAUAAAAUCUCAGGACUGACUCGGUUCGAUUGUCGGUACGAAAGCCGUAGAAAUAUUCCAAUGCAGAAUUUUGUCAGCAAAUAGCCUCGGCAUCAGCAGCUACGAUAAGCUGUGAAAUCUACGACCAGUGGCGGAUGGGUAAAGCCUACUUGGGAAGGGAUAGCCAAGGCGAUACGUGGCCUGACCAGGCGAUCCGUCGCAUACUCACUGCCGCUGUCUUUAGACUUUAGUCCAGCAGUCGAGUUGCAGUUGCAGGCUUCGUUUGGCCAGAUGUCCUAGCCCGCUAGCGCUGUUGUACAGAACGCUGACUGGUCCAGGCGAAGACGCGUAUGGUAGCAGCCAACCGCUAGUGUCCUCCUAUAUCAAUUUUGUGGGCAUCCCAACCCACGGGAUAGUGACGAUUGGAAGUUUAAAAGAUGGCUUCAGCGUUACCGUCGAACAAUAACUACAUUGGUGCUGUGCAAGAAUACUGUCAACAGCACGGCUUGGAGCUAGCGGAGUACAAGCAUCUUGGUUCCUGCGGCCCGGAGUUCAACCAGCAGUUUACAUGCAGGGUCAGCCUGCCCAACACUGACAGCUCUUUCACCUUCGACGGCUACGGGUCCAAGAAGAAGGUAGCCAAGGCGGCCGCCGCAGAGAGGUUGUACGACAAACUGCAGCGUAGCCCGCCGAUCGGACGACGGAGCAUAUGUCCCGUCCCAGCCAGGCCGCUGGUACGGGAAACGCCGACGGUGGAUGGAAUCAGCGUGUCGCUUGCAAGCCAAUUGAGGACCAGUGAUCCUGUCGCAGAAGACGAAGGAGACGCGAAUCCCGUGACGUACUCCGCCAUGCUGGAGCCCUAUGGAGAUCGCGUGAACGUGCUGCGACUGCACGAGAUCCUCCGCGACACGUCGCAGGGGCACCACGUCACGCCGCUAUCCGCUGUUCUGUCGGCGACGGGCGCUCCUCACACACUGCAGGCGUUUGCCGAGAGCGUCGACGUGUCGUGUCAAUUUCACAAGGUGCACGAGACGGUCAAAGACGACGCGCCGCUGUUCCUGACGAUUCUCUUCGUGUCUGCCCGCACGGGCAUGGAGCGUGUGGUCACACACGGCUGCGGGUGCACCUACGCAGAGAGCUGUUUGCAGGCUCUCCUGGCCACGCUUCAUCAGAUGGACGUGCUGAAGGUGCAUCAGAAAUGGUGGCGAUCGAACGGCCGUGGCGCGGGCUAAGCGUGAGCCGCCGCUCUCGACGACUCUCGAGCUGUGUGGGUGCAAACAGGUACGCGCAUGCGUGGGAAUGAGCGUUUGCCUGCUUCCAAUGCCCCGUGCUUGCAUGGAUCCACGCACCGCCAUUCGGUUACUAUGGUGAUGUUGGCUGCUCUCCUUCACGAUAUAUUUACACCAUGUGUUACUGGUUAUAUGUCGAUCCCGGUUAUAACCCCCUCCUUACUUCUUUAUAUAUUUUUUUACCAAGAACACAGCCCUACUGAAAACCAUGUGGAGAACAACAUAGGAUGAACUCGGAUGGAGAGCCAGGUAUUACUGGCAGUUCCUUGGUCCUUUUUCUUUUCUAUAGAACAACAUAGAAUAAUAUUGCCAAGUAUGACAAAUCGGGGGCUCGGUUUUUCGCUUAAACGGCAAUUACUAGUAAGCCCCGGCUGUGAGUGGACUACUUUACCCCUUUCUAUCUGUGUUAGGUCUUAAACUUAAACGGUCGAUAUGAAACCGGUGAAACCGGUCAGUGGGAAAUCUGAUUUCGGUUUAGUUGAGUGCCGCCACAUUGUGUUUCAGCCUAACUCAACUAGCUGUACGUGCGGUAAUUAUUUCCACAUAGGCUGCAGGUUUUGGAUGUCGUGUGUUGUCUUUUCCCAGGCGUUCACCACGUCACCAGUUUUGCAUUGUGUUAUUUGUGUUUUAAGCACGGCAGGGAAUGAGAUCUUGUUCUGUUGUUUCAUCUCAGCUCCCCUCCCCCUCUUUAUCUCCUUCUGUUACUUUAAAAAAAUACUAUAGGGCUAUCAUUUUGGAUUUACGUUCACCAAAUCAAUAUGACUGGAUCAAGGCAGUUGAGUUAUAUUGGCCAGCAACAUGUCACCUAUUGUUUUGCCGAAUUCAUUCUUUUUCAUAUCUAACGUUAUAAUAAUUAUCCAAGCUUGACUGAUGGCAGCUUAGAAGGUCGAGGCGACUAGCUGUGGCUCGGAUUGUGCUGGUCCAGCUGAAGAGCUUAGUUGGCAUUUCUUUCCAUUUGAUCUUUCCCACUGCUUGCCCCACUCCAACCGUGCCGAUUUUGAAGUUCA